AGGGUUUCAAGGCCUCCCUGAUGAAGGAGAGCAUCCGCAUGGGGCACUCGGACCUGGGCGACUGGGCGUACGAGCGGGGGGACCUGCAGACCGCGUUCAAGUGCUACGUGCGCACGCGCGACUACUGCACCACCUCCCGCCACGUCAUCUCCAUGUGCCUGGCCGUCAUCCGCACCGCCAUAGAGCUGGGCAACUGGGUGCACGUCGCCAACUACGUCAGCAAGGCCGAGUCCACCCCCGACGCCGGCUCCGACCCCGCCACCGCCGCCAAGCUGCGGGCCGCCGCGGGGCUGCAGGCGCUGCAGGCGCGCAAGUACAAGGCGGCGGCACGCAAGUUCUGCGAGGUGGGUCCCGACCUGGGCUCCUCCUACUGCGAGGUGCUGUCGCAGCACGACGUGGCGCUGUACGGCAGCCUGUGCGCACUGGCCUCCCUGGAGCGGGGGGAGCUGCGCAGCCGCCUGGUGGCGCACAUCGGGUUCAGGGAGGUGCUGGAGGGGGCGCCGGAGAUCCGCGAGGUGGUCCACGCCUUCUACAACAGCCAGUACGCGGCGGCACUGCGCGGGCUGGAGGCGCUCAAGCCCGCACUGCUGCUGGACCUGCAUGCGGCCGAGCACGUGCCCUCCCUCUACGCUGCCAUCCGCACCCGCGCGCUGUGCCAGUACGUGCAGCCCUUCUCCUCCGUCAACCUGCACGCCAUGGCGGAGGCGUUUAACACGCCGGUCAGCGACCUGGAGAAGCAGCUGGCGGUGCUGAUCAUGGAGGGGCAGAUCUCCGCGCGCAUUGACUCGGCAACAAAGGUGCUGUACGCCAGCCAGUCCGACGCGCGCGCCAGCACCUUCUCCCGCGUGCUGGCGGUGGGGGAGGCGUUUUGCCGGGACACGCGCGCGCUGCUGCUGCGGGCCAACCUGGUGAAGCACGACUUCAUGCAGGCCGGUCCCCCGGGUGGCGGCGGCGGAGGGCGUUCAAAGAAGGACCGGCUAGAGCGCGGGCUGUACGACAUGGGGGGCGGCGGCGGAGGCCUUAUGUACGGCAUGGGAGGCAUGGGGCUGGGGCUGGGCCGGUCCAUGAUGGUGUGAGGAGGAGCAG